UUAUAUGUAUAUAUACAACUAUAUACAUAUGUAUGUUUGUACUAUAUAAUGAGGAAAAGAUUAAAUUUUGAUAUUUGCUCAGCGGCGAAACAAAGUACAAAGAUCGCACAAACAUAACGGGUUUAUUAUAAGUAAAGAAUAUAAAUGUAAACCGAGUGUCAAAUUCUCAAAAUAACAUUUUAAAGAAAAGUACGAAAAAAUACUUGUGGAAAAACCUCGCAAAUAAAUAUUAUAAGCGUGCUCGAAGCGACUUGAAAACAACAAAAUAUUAAACACAAAGCAAAUAAGUCGGCGAAAGAUUUUUUAACGGUAAUUCUUACAAUUACUACUGUAAAAGUAGAUUCAUACAAGUGUUAUAUUGUUGUUGUGCACUGUGCGUUGUAUGGAUGUCAAAUGUUAACGGUAUAUAUUUGCAUAUUCAUACAAAAUAAAUUUCUGACCGAUGUAUUGGAUAAAUUGGAAUUGAGUACAGCGCGUUAGACAGACAUAAAUUGAAGGCAUUACCUAAGCAAGAAAAAAAGCAAAAUAAUGAAGACAUUACCCAAGUAAAAACAAAACAAAAAAUAACAGCAAAUAUAUAGUUUUAGCAGUACGAAAACUGGAAAACAAUAAUUUAUUAAAAAGUGAUAAUUUUUGAAUUUUUUUUUAUAAAAAAUUAUCAAUUAAAACAAAAUUACGUCAACAACUAGAUUUUUCUAUGAACAACUUUUCACACAUUAACCGUUACCCGAAACUCACCACGGAAAUUCCGCGCAAUCGUACAUUAACACGUUAAAAAGCCGCAAUCGUGCGAAAAACCCGCGACUCAAACGAAAACAGUUAUCUAUUGCCUGCAAACAGCUCGUCUCGGCGGAAGCCCCUGUCUCAGCGACAGAUUUUUAGUUGUUAGUUGCCUGUGCUUGUGCUCGUGCCGUAACACGCCGUGCUGCAUGCCUUUUAGAUCCUUGCAUGAAUACACACCCACAAAUCUACAUACAUAUAGAGAAGAAACAGUGCAUGAUAGUAAGCGGCUGAGAACGCGCGCUAAGAGUCAAAAGUAAGAGUUAGCGUGAAGCCAGCGUACGCCUACAAGGCGACUUUAAUGCGAUAAAAUACGCCAGUGAUAGUCACGCAAAGCCGGCACUUACACACACACAUGCAAAUGCAUAUAAAUAAACACACGCAUACACAUGCACACGCACGCAUGCGAAUAAACACACAAACGUCCGUACGUACGUCGCUUUGCGAGCUUAACGGCGCAUUGUUUUGCGAUGAAAGUCACAUUGAUAAGCAUUGACUGCAACAACAAUAACAAAUGUGAGUAACAUUUCAAAACAGCCGAGCAAAAUAUUUAAAAMAAAAACAUUCAAUUUGUGUUAGUAGAUUGAAAAAGUAAAGCAGAAAAAAACAAAAACUAAGUUUUAUAAUUAUUUGACUGUAUAAUCGGUCACUCGUCGAAGUGACAACGUGCAAAAACAAAACAAAAAUAAAAUAAAAAACGAAUUGAAAACAUUUUUAAACAGCGCAAAAACCAGUUCAAAACAUAAAAGUUACACACCUAUCGUGCCAAAAUGGCAUCGUUUGUUUAUGCAGUUUGGAGUAUUACGAAUGUCGCCUCGGUGCAUUGCGCCGUGCGGCCCGAGCUAUCGCCCUGUACCUGUGAACCAAUCUAUGCCGACAACUAUGUGGAGUUGUCGUGCGAGAAGGUGGACUCGUUCCAUAAAAUUGUCGAUGCUCUGUCGAAUAAAUUUGAACCGGAAGUUAAUAUAAGCUUAAAAAUAUCACAUUCACAACUUGAGGACUUGGAAAUGCGCUCCUUUAUGGAAAUGAAAUUAAAGUUGGUUAAAUUGCGUUUACAAUGGAAUUCACUGAGAUCGGUGCCUGAGUUACCUUUUCGAGGGUUAUCAAACGUGGAGUAUCUGAGUAUAGGCGACAAUGAACUCGAAGAGAUCCCUAAGCACAUGCUGAAUCACAUGCCGAUCGUGAAAACAUUCGAUAUGGGACGCUGUCGCAUACGUUCGGUGCURCACGAUGACCUCAAGGGCACACAAAUGGUGGUGAAUCUCUUUUUGCCAAGCAACAAUAUAAAACGUUUGGAUAAGGGCGCAUUUCCGACCAGUCUGGUCACGUUGCAUCUCGGGCGCAAUCAAAUCGAGAAUCUCAAUAGCACGUUGCGGCAUCUAGACAAAUUGGAAUCGUUGUUUAUAAAUAUGAAUCGGAUUAGCAGUUUGGAUGAUGAAUUGCCGGAAUCGAAUCGUUUGAAAUUGAUUAUGGCACAGAAUAAUCGUUUGGAACGAUUGCCGGAGAGCAUGCGCUACAUGCACAAGUUGGAGAAUCUGCAUGUACAACACAAUCUCAUACGCACUUUUGAUGGCAUCUUCAAGCAUGCGCGCAAUUUGAAUGAGUUCCACGCUUUCAACAAUGAGAUCGARUAUUUGCGUCAAGACGACUUUUUGGAGUGUAAAAUGCUGGAGGACAUUGACUUCUCGGUUAAUCACAUCAAGUCAUUGAAUAGUUCAUUGCUGCCGUUGAGUCGUUUGUAUCGCGCCAAUAUUUCCUACAAUGAAAUCGAGGAGUUCUCCAUGAAUGAGAUACGCGGCUUGGUCAUGUUGCGUAAUCUAAUCUUGAACAACAAUAGAAUCAAGCGCCUCACCGGUCACCAAGAGAACAACAUUGAUCAGAACUCGUACUUGUUCGAGUUGUAUUUGGAUCACAAUGAAUUGAAAUCUUUGGAUGGCGCUCUAAUGGGUUUGAAUAGCUUACGCAUACUAAGUCUGUCCUACAAUCAGCUGGAGCGUAUUUUACCGGAGGACUUUAUCGGGUUAGCUAAGCUGGAGCUCUUAGAUUUGUCGCACAAUCAACUAUUGACGCUGAAGGAAAUGGAAAGGACAUUCCUUCCGAACCUCAAAAUCUUAAAGGCCGCCUACAAUAACAUCACCAGAUUGGAGAAGGAUUUCCAUGGCCUACCCGUACUGUGUCAAGCCAACCUAACCAGCAAUCAAAUAUCGUCCAUAUCCUCGGAGUUAGUUUCGCAAACGAGAUGCAUGACCCACAACGUACCCGGCAAAUUGGAGUUAUAUUUAGAUGACAAUCCAAUACUUUGUGACAGUCGUCUCAACGAACUCUGUCCCAUCAUGCUGAAGCAAGAGACACGUAUUCGUGGCAAAUCACAAUGCUUCGAAAUUGACCAAGAAAUCUGCACCGUGUUGCCGAUGUUGUUCGUCAAUAAAUAUCCACUGAUUAUACCAACGCAAUUGAGUCAACAAGUGCUGGCCAAUGCCAAGCCGGUCGUUAUAGUACCACUACUCAAUCCAACAUUGAGUAAUGGUGAUGAAGUGUUGCCACCAUUAAUUGCACCGAUUAUAAAACCGCUACUAAUCGCACCAUUGCCACCACUGGCGACGACUACACCUUCAACAACAACAACUACCACUUCUACCACCACCCUCACAACCACAGCUGAAACUCACACUAGCGAGCAAGUAGCUACAUUGGAAGCGCCCACAUCCACUAUGGAAACAAAUGAAACUGGCGGCAUCGAAGAUSUAACUGCUAGSGWGGGCAAUAUCAAUCCRGGUGAAGGCAUUAAUGUCAACGCCAACAGCACAAUAACGGCAGCACCRAACACAACCAAAGACAAGCCGAACGCAGUUGAUUUCAACAACAACACCAUGGAGACACACGCUGCUGAAGGAGAUGUCGCAAUUGAUGAGAAAGCACCCGUCRCAGCAGGUGAUAGCGUAAGUGGAAUACAAGCACAUGAGGGMACACUACAGACGGCACAUGCUAUUUCGGAAUUGACCAAAAUCGUUGGAGCACCAGCAGUUGUGGCACCGCCGCCACCAACUGUGCUCGAAGAAGUGUUGGUCGGCAAGCCAUUGCCGCCAGAGACGGCAUCGUUGACGCCACCAACUGAGUACGCAACUGUUGAAUAUAUACCGAAUUUGGAUGAAUUCCUACCGGGAAAUCGUCCGCCACCGAAUGUACUCGAAGAGGAUUCGAAUUCGAAUUCGGUGCAUGAAGAAUUCCCGUCGGUCGUGUUGGCCGAUCUCGAUAAUGCACCGCAAAGUCUACUAACACCGGAUGAACCACCCGAAAAUCCUUAAAUUUUAGUCACACACACACACACACACACAACAUAUUAUAUUACAUCUACAUUAUUAAAAUUUAAGUUUUCAAUUCCCCUCUUUUCCACUCUCUGUCUCUCUCUGUCUAUCCAUCUAACUAUCUCUCCUACUAUUGUGCUGUCUACUAUGUCCCACUUCAGGUUAAUUAUAAAGUAAUUUAAUUUUGAUUACCGCAUUUAGUUUUAGUAGUUGUUAGUUGCAAUUAAUAUUAUUAUAACGGUUUGUUUCAAUA